UGUCAACAGCAUUCAGAUUCUUGGGUUUCGCAUAUACUAGAAUGCAUCUUUUGUCGGAGCUUUCAUACCAGGGUUUUUCCUCUGAUGAAAGGUGCAGUUUUAGAAGUUCUGCUGGUCAGCGCUGUAGGCCUCAAACAUGCUCAUCUGCCAGGAUCAUCAAACUAUUACGUGGUCAUUCAGUGUGGCAAUCACACAUUCACAAGCAAAAUCACAUCAGAAAAAGAUCGGAAAGUUUGCUGGAAUGAGAAGUUCAGAUUCAUGCUAUCAUCUGCGGAAUGCAAAGACUUGGCCAAGCUCAAGCUGAGAAUCAUGGAAAAGGAUAAGUUCUUGGAGGAUCGGCCGGUCGGCGAAACCAUGGUUUAUCUGAGAGGAAUCCUCAGAGAGGGAAGAGAGAAAGGGUUUUUAGAGCUGAAACCAUCUUCAUACAAUGUUGUGCUCUACGACGGGACAUACGAAGGAGAGCUUAAAAUUGGCCUCAAAUUCAUCUCUAAUGUAGAAUUGGAGCAGCAAACAAAGAGUAUAGCAUGCACAGUACCUCAAAAACAACCAUACUCCCUAUAUCAGGCCAUACUAAGCAUUAAUUUGCGGGGAAUCCCUUGGUCGAGAUUCUUCUUUUUCCACAACCGCUCGGAAAGUAGGAAAGAUAGAUAAACCCUUCAUU